GAUACUUUUUUUUAUUAAAUCACACGAAAACUCUUCUUCAUUUUAUACAAAAAAAAAAAGAUGAAAACACUCCAAAAAUUUUAUACAAGUAAAAAGUUAUGAAAAUACUCCAAAAAUUUGUGAAUUUAUUCUGUGUGAACUUAUGUUUGAUAUUCUCUGAAUUGAUAAAAAACGCAACAUCAAUUAAUGGAUACAAUAAAAUCUCAAAUCUUUAUCAAAGCGGCGACGUGUUAUUAGGAGGACUUUUUUCAAUUUACCCGAGUAAUAAUAACAACGACUUUUGUAUACAUAGUCGUAGCACAUUUCUAUCACAUAACUACCAAAUGGUAGAAGCAAUGAUAUUUGCAGUAAAUUCCAUCAACAACGAUUCGAGUAUUCUACCUGGAAUUUUUUUAGGUUACGAUAUUAAAGAUACUUGUGGUACAAUUGACAAUUCAAUAAGGGCUGUCUUAAACUUCAGUUUUAUUAGAAAAUAUUUUUUCGCUAACGAUAUGUGUCACUUUGACAGAGUUUUGCAGAAAACCGCUUUUUCGAAUGAAAGCUCAUUGACAAUAGCUAUCAUUGGUCCAGAAUCAAGCAACAUUGCAAGAUCCAUUGCUGAUUUUGCUGGUCUUUUUAAAGUUCCUGUCAUUAGCCCAUCAGCUACAAGUGUUCUUUUAGGAAACCGUAAACGUUUUAAAUACUUCUUGCGCACUGUUCCUUCAGAUGCUUAUUUAGUUAAAAUGAUCAUCGAUAUUAUUCAUAAAUUUGGAUGGAACUACAUUGUUCUUAUAGUAUCGAACGAUGAAUAUGGUAAAGCAGCACGUUUAGAAUUUCUGAAAAAGGUGUUAUCGUUUACUUCAAAACCAAUUUGUAUUGCUAUGGAUGAAAUUAUAAAUGACCAUGAUGAAACUGCUAUGCUAAAAAUUGUUUCCAAUUUAAACAAAAUAAAUAAAACAAACGUUAUUGUAUUCAUUUCAAGCGUUAAGGAAGCUCGCUAUUUUUUGAACUUGUGUGUUGGAAAGCUUCGAGAAUUCACAUGGAUUACGACUGACACUUGGAUUAAAGAAACAACUAUAUUGGGAAAAGAAAAAUUAUUAAGAGGUAUGUUGGGAAUAAGUCCAUUAAAACCUGAAAUUCCUGACUUUUUUAAACAGAGAUUAUUAUUAUGCAAAAAAAGUGCAGUGGAAAAUUGUACAUUCUCUGACAGUUUUGAAAUAGCACCUUACAAGAUUUCUUCAACUAUUAAUGCAGUUUAUGCAGUAGCACAUGCACUACACAAUUUACUGAAAUGUAACAACAAAUUUUGUCAGCGAAGUAUUUCGGAAAUUGACGGUGAGAAACUAUUAGCAAAACUCGAAAAUGUAAGAUUUGUGUUAUACAAUCAAACCGUAUCGUUUGAUUCAGAUGGAGAUACAUCAAUUCAAUAUUAUUUAUGGAAUUACCAAAAAAAAAAAAGUGGACAAUUUGUUUUUGAAAACAUAGGAAUCUGGCAUUCAAAGGAUUCGUUGCGUUUAAAUUUAUUUGGAGAGGUCAAGUGGAAUACAAAAGAUGAUCAACAUCCCAUAUCAACCUGCAGUUCAGAAUGUAAAAAAGGUUUUAGACGACAUGUCUUAACUUACAACUCUCGAUGUUGUUGGGAUUGCAUUUUAUGUUCUGGAAAUACUUAUGUUAAUAGUUCUAAUAGCAGUACAUGCGAAAAAUGUCCUGAAAAUUACAUUGCGAGUAAUGACAAAAGUUAUUGUAAACCAAUUAUAACUGUUUAUUUAAAAAUGACAGAUUAUUGGGCUAUUACGCUAUUAUGUUUAACAGGACUGGGCAAUAUUUUUAUACUUUUGACCCUCAUUUUGUAUAAAGUUAACAAAGGUUCUCCUGUGAUUUGUUCCUCGAAUCAAGGUUUAUGCUACAUCUCAUUAAUUGGUGCAUCAAUGUUUUUUACCAUGCCAAUAUAUUUUAUAAUGAAACCGACAGAAACUAAAUGCAAGUUUAUGCCUUUUGUUGUAGGUCUUACGCUGGUUACGAACAUAGGAACUUUACUUGUAAAAACAAAUCAAGUUGGAUGGGUUUUAAGGAGGAAAAUGUUUUAUUGUAGAAGAUAUUGCUGUUUAAGCUCUGUUUCUCAAUACUUAAAAAUUGGCAUGUACAUAUUUAUUGAAGUCCUAAUAUGCUUAUAUUGGGAGCUGGCAUCAAUUAAUAAACGACCGAAUGUUGUUGUUGUAACUUUAGAAAACAACAUCGAAAAAGCAAUGAUGUGUUCUUAUGCUACAAACAUUGUUGGCUUGAUAUUAUGGUUUAUUUAUAAUAUUGGGUUGCUUAUUGUUUGUGCAGCUCAAGCUUUAUUGGCACGAAAUGAUCCAAGUAACAAUAGUGAAGCAAAAUUUAUAGCAUUAACUACAAUUACAAUUUGCAUAUCUUUAACAGUGUAUGUACCUGUGUAUUAUGGUGCAGUUGGCUAUUAUCGUGAUUUAAUGGCCUCUUUUUUAUUUGUUUUUAUGGGGUUCGUUGAAUGGUUAUGCUUAUUCGGCCGAAAAAUUUUUUUUGCUCUUGUUCGACCAGAGGAAAGAAGUUCUACAAAGACGCAAUCUUUUAUUUUGCGAAAUAAAGCUUCAUUGCAAAAUUUUGAAAGAAUAAAUGUAUCUGAAUUGUCUGUAAAAGUUAGAUUAAAAAAACGAUCACGUACGUCAAAUGAUCUGACGAUGAUCUAGAUUUCUUUUCAAAGAGGAAUUUAAAAUUAAAGUAGUUUUGUAAAAAGUAAGUUUUGUAAAAGGUAUUCUUUAUCAAAGUGUAGUCUUCAAGUUAUAAAGUUUAUAGCUUCGUUGCACGAGUAUUUUUCAAGCAACAGUUCUUUUACAUAAUUCACUUUUUGUAUAUUUUUAUGCUGGCUCAGCAGCGUAAAAAUUGUUUUUUUUAUUAAAUUUUUUUUCUUACA